AUGACAGAAGAAAACCAUACUCUGGUGACUGAGUUUAUCCUCACGGGACUCACAGAUCAGCCCACAUUAAAGGCUGCCCUGUUCCUACUGUUUCUCAUCAUCUACCUCAUCACCAUGGUGGGCAAUCUUGGGCUGAUUGCUCUCAUCUGGAAGGACCCUCACCUUCACACCCCCAUGUACCUAUUCCUCAGCAGUUUAGCAUUUGCCGACUCUUGCACUUCAUCCUCUGUGACCCCCAAGAUGCUUAUCAACUUUUUAUCUAAAAAUCAUGAAAUAUCCCUGGUCGAGUGCUUUGCUCAGUUUUAUUUUAUGGGCUCCAGUGCAACCACAGAAUGUUUUCUCCUGUCUGUGAUGGCCUAUGACCGCUAUGUAGCCAUAUGUAACCCCCUGCUUUAUCCAGUGUUGAUGUCCAAUAGACUCUGUACUCAGUUUAUAGCUGUGACCUACUUACUUGGUACUCUGCACUUGGCAGUUCAUGUGGGUUUGUUACUUAGAUUGACUUUCUGCAGAUCCAACAUUAUACAAUAUUACUAUUGUGAAAUAUUACAGCUUUUCAACAUUUCUUGCAUUGAUCCUUCAGUUAACAUGGUUGUGCUUUCAGUCUUUUCAUUUUCUAUACAAGCCUUCACUUUUCUAACCAUCAUGAUCUCCUAUGUCCGUGUCCUCUUUGCUAUCCUGAACAAGAAGUCUAAGAAGGGCAAGAGAAAAGCCUUCUCCACCUGCAGUGGGCACCUGCUCUCUGUCUCUUUGUUCUAUGGGACUAUUUUUCUCAUCUAUGUUUGCCCUGGGUCUGGACCAGUUGGAGACAAAGAGAAGAUGCUUUCUUUAUUUUAUACAGUAAUAAUUCCCCUGCUCAAUCCAUUUGUUUACAGUCUGAGGAACAAAGAGGUUAUAGGUGCCUUUAAAAGAGCAGUAAGGAAAUAA